AUGUCGACCGAUUACGCCAAGAAGAAGAAUGCCGAGCUUGAAGACCUACUCAAAACCCGCUCCCUUCCUCACACCGGCAAAAAGGCUGACCUGAUCGCGCGUCUACAACAGUACGACGCGGAGCAAGCCGCCACAUCCAAUAUCGCAACCACCGCUGGAGCCGAAGAUGAAAUUGACUGGGAGGAUGAUGUAGCCGCCGCUGAGCCAACUGGUGCCGCAGCAAUAGCAGCAGGUGGCCUUGGUCAACCCACUAACCCGACAGCAGUUCCAAAUCAGGUCGUGGACACGGACCCCUCGAAAACCAACGACCUGACCGUCGACCCGCCUGCCCCUACCACCGAGGACACUAAAGCCGCCGCCUCGGUCGAGGAUGUCAAAGCUACAGAAGCCGACAAGAAAAGAUCUCUCCCAUCUACCGGUAUCAAAGCGACGACCCUAGACGACGAACUGGCCAAGCGUCAAAAACGCGCGGCCCGUUUCGGGAAUCAAGAAUCGGAUGAAGAUGCACUCAAAGCAAUCGAGCGCGCUAAGAAGUUCGGCACUGGGGACGUGGGGGAUAGAGUCGCUGUGAAGGGGCUCGAUGAAGCAUUACCGGAGCGCGCGGCGAGAGGCCAGAAGAGAGGGCGCGGGGGCGAUGAUGGGGGGAGGAGGGAUGGUCGGGAGAAGCGGAGUAAAGUUCGGGGUGGAGGGAGGAAUGGGAGGGAGAGGAGCGGGACGCCGAAGGAUGGGGUUAAGAAGGCUGGGAGUGGGUUGAGUGAUAAGGAUAGGUCGGCGGCGGAGGCGAGGAAGAAGCGUUUUGCUGCUAUGGCAUGA